AUGACGAUGCCGGCCAGUUGUUCUUUUUGCUCCAUACAGAAGGGUGCGGGCAUUGCCCCCCCCCGCGCUAUCGCACCCUCGGGCAAUCAAGCAUCCGCGAGCGGGCGCACGCCUGGGGCUCCCCGCGCAAUCGCAUCCGCGUGCGACGCAACAAAGCAGAAUCAGGAUGAAGAGGAGAACAAGCAAGAGAGUGCGAAUCCUUCGGAUCAGCCGCAAGAGAUAGUAGCGAAGCAGGAACCGGAUCAAGAGAAUGAGGAGGAGCAAAAGCAAGCGAGUGCAAACCCCUCGGAUCAGCCGCAAGAGACUGGAGCGGAGAGCGGUGCGGCGAAGCGGAAGAGGCUGAACGACCAGUUGCGGAUGCAGUUGGCGCAGGAAGACCCGCGGAGUCGGAAGAAGCGGCUGGAAGCGCUCAAGGCGGAGCACCGGCUGCGGGAAAGCGCGCGGAAGCAGGAGGAGAAGCGGAUGCAGGAUCAGGAUCAAGAACGUGAGGAGGAGCGAAUGCGAGAGAGUCAAAAUCCCUCGGAUCAAUCGCAAGAGGCUGUUGCGGAGGACGUUGCGGCGCAGCGGAGGAGAUUCAUUGAGCUUGCGCGGAUGCAGUUGGCGCAGGAAGACCCGCAGAUGCGGAAGAGGCGACUGGAAGCGCUCAAGGCGGAGCACCGGCUGCAGGAGAAGGGGCGGAAGCGGCAGGAGAAGCGGAGGCGGAAGAUGCAGAAGAGCGGGGUGUUUCUGCUUGACUUCGGGGGGAAGAAGGAGGAGGCGGAUAACCACUCCCCCGUCCGCACUGCUGCGCGGGAGUAUGUGGAGGAAUACGAGGCCGGCUAUUACAACCUCAAGGGUGCCACGUGGGAGAAGCGCAUUGCUGACGUGGCAGCAGCACUCGCGGACCAAUCAGAGGCCUUCUACAGCGAGAACAGCGGGCACGUGUUCUUCCUCUGCCACGCGGACAGGCUCAAAGACCCCAAGCAGGGCGGCGCCAGUGUGACAGACAACAGCGUGACAAUCAACAGCGUGACAAACAACAGCGUGACUAAAACGAACGGAGCGAACAGCACUACGGGUGGUGCUGUGACAGUAAAGAAAAAAGCUGCAGCUGCCACCACCCCAGCUGUACCUGCUUCAGUUGUCGCUCGGCUAAACGCCAGGUGGGUGGAUGCAACCAAAAUGGUGGAUCAUCUCCUGAAUAAGAAGAGAUUAAAGCCCGCACUGCACUAUCGGCUGAACCCAUCCGGCCCUUCAGGCGGCGUUCCUGAACUCGUGGCCUGCAUCGCAAGGCUUCAGGAGACUGGGACUGCUCGCAUGAAUCUUCCUGCUCCGUCUGAACCACAAGAACCGCCGCCUCCUUGCAUUGGCAAUGCCGCCACAGCGGGCUUAGAGUGCGUUCCUUUAACGCGGCGUCAGAUAAGGAGGCGCCGCAAACGCAUGAGAGCCGAGUCGCGUGCUAAUGCAUGUUAA